UGUUGCCGUCGUUAAGAAGAAUGGAAGACGCAACAGACAAUAGACGAUUGGAUGACCGCCCACUGCAUCCCCUUCAACAUGACGAAGAGUGACGAGUGGGACAACAUGUUGAAGGCACUGAUGAAUGUGCACGAGUUCUUCAAGUACGCGAGAUACGAGAAGGCGAGGACCACUCGUGUGGAGGUCGCGAAGGGGAGGGUUGCAGCAAGCUUGGAGGAACUGCGGCGGCAGUGGCCUGUCACCAAUUGCUUGCUGCAACUGGACGGUUUGACUGAUCGCAUAGCAAGGUCUCACAUCAAUGUGAUGGUGUCCUUCCCGAAAGGCGCAAUCUUUUUGCGUAGUGUCUGCAUGAGCAAUCGGAGCAAGGGGGCAGUUGUGUAUUAUGAAAUAUUAAAACUAGAGAUCGGGGAGGUCGAGGAGGAUGAUGUUGUGGGGUUGGUCAUGGGCAACGCCUCAGUGUGCGCAACGGCAGGCCGGAUGAUCGAGGCCGAAUUCCCUCACAUCUUCUCGAUUUCCUGCACGACGCACAACAUCGACCUCAUGCUGGAGGCAUUCCCCAAGAUUGGUUGGGUCGAUGUGAUGAUCAGGCCCGCAGUCGAGUUGACGAAGAAGCCCAAGAUGGGAGAGGAUGAGUUUUUGUUGGAGGAGGAUUUGGACCUCGAGAAGGAGGUCCAAGCGCAUGCGGACAUGCAUGUGGAGGAGUGGCGGUCCUGUUUAUGGGAGGAGAAUAGGACAAGGGAAUGCGAUGACAAGUCGAAGGACGACAGCAAGGAGGACGACGAUGACGAUGUCGCAAAUGCGAUUGAUGUGGAGGAAAAUAAUGGAGAUGAAGGACAAAUGGUACGCACACGGAUCAAGGACAGUGGUGGUGUCAUUGACAAUGUUGAGGAGGAGGAAUAUUGUGACUCCCAAGAGCAGCCCGUCGGGGCCGCACCCAAACCGCCGAACCGCAAGCCGAGGAGACCACGGAAGGUCGCGGAGGAGGAAACUGCUGCAAUGGAAGAGAGCAGCGGGACUGGCGAGAAUGGUGCGGAGGGCCGGGAAGAGGAGGCCUUUGAUUCCGAAGAAGAGCCGCUUGCACGCAAGAAACGCAAACAAUCAGAGUCAACACAUUGAGGCAGGAUACUUGGGGGUUGGAGCGGGUGUGAAACUGACACUUGGGGGCUGGAGUGGGUGUGGAAGUUUGCGGUGUGUGUGUGUGUUUGUGUCCUGUGUGUCGGUUCAAGAUUCCAAGUUUCGAACUUUGACUUUCGAAGAACGUCAGACGUUAAUAAAAUUAACAUUUCCAA